AUAAGGAGCAAUUUCCUUUUUCUGUGAUUUUUUAUCUUCAUCUUUUGAAGGAUGUAAUCAUAAUUUUCCUGUGAUUUGUUCCGAUCAACCUCUCUAAUGAAAAUUACUUUGUCUGGAAAACUAAUGCUUCGUCUUAUUCAGAGUCAAGGCAUGGUUGGUUUCAUAAAUGGUGAGGUUUCAGCACCAACUGAAAGGAUUACAAUACCAGAUGAUGGCGAUGAUAGCUCUAUGGACGGCAUGAGGGAGAUAGAGAACCCAAAUCACCAGGAAUGGAAAAGAUCUGAUGCUCUAUUACAAAGAUGGAUGAAAGGGACGAUCGAUGAACACCAUGUUCUUCCAGAUGUGGAGUGCUUGGAAACUACUAAAGAUUUGUGGGAAAGGUUAACUGUUCAGCAAGAAAGUAAUAUGGAGUACCCGUACCCAAUAGAUGUCAACGUGAAUGAUUUUGUUCCCUUAAAGCUUUCCAGUAGCAACUCUGUUAUGUGGACAAGGAUGAUGCUUCGUCUUUUUGAGAAUGAAGGCUUGGUUGGUUUCAUUUUGCCAGAUGAUAAUAUGUUCAUCCCGAGAGCAUAUUCAUUGGCAUGGAAAAGAACAGAUGUGUCGGUGCAAGGCUGGAUAAUAAGGACGAUCAAUGAAGAAUUCCUUCCACAUGUGGUGGACACAAAAACAGCCAGGGAUAUGUGGACAAAUUUAGAGAGAGCCUUCAUUGUUAAAGACCGGAGAGCCACAUGUUUGGAACGUCCCUCUACUGAAACUGUUAUUGGUAAGGUUAAUUGGGCAUAUCUCUCAGCUUCGUGCUCACCGUCCAUGGCUAUCUUUGGUUUCAACCGCAACAACCUAUCAAAGACUGGUUAAAGGAAAUUCUGACAACGACCUGAAUCAAAGACCGAUGGAAGGAUGCAAUCAUCAGCGGCGGUGACAACUUGAGCACUGUAGAGUUAGAAUUGGUAUUAAGCACCAGCGAUGAGUGAGGCGGAUAUAUGAUGCAUACGCGCGUGUGUAUAUAUAUAUAUAUAUAUAUAUAUAUAUGUAUAUAUAAGAAAAGAAAAAAAUUAGGCUUUUUUUUUUUUUUUUUUUCUUUUUUUAUAU